UUUUGUCAUUUAGAUUCAAGCUAUACUUUCUUUCAGUUCCAAUUGUUAUUUUUGUGAUUUCAUUUUAGAUUAUUACCAUCCAUUACAUUUACGAUUAGUUUCAUCAAAUCGUUUCUGCACAUAGACUCUAGAAUGUAUACUUUGACCAGUUUGAUAGAGUAUUGUCAUCGUCAUUGACCCAACCUUUAAAUAAUCUUUUUAAUACCCACUUGACUUUUUCAAAGCUGGUUUUACGUGUCUUGUUUUUCCAUUAUCAUUAAAAUCAGGAUAACAGCUGCUCUUCUUUUUUUUCCGAGCCAGGCUAUAUCAAUACAUUGGGUUUCUAAUGGGCUGACACUAAUUAGUAUGGGUCCAGUUUAUUUAUUUUUGCAUAGUCGGUCUUAGAAAAAAGUCCUAAAAAAUUAGUGGGAGAAUUUAAUGAAAGUAAGAUUUUCCUUGUGUUUGAAGUUUCUGCUAGUACACCGACCCGCUCUUGACCAAAAAUAUUUCUUUCCAACUUAUUGCCAUUACAAGGACUUUUCUAAUUUUAGAAAAUAAUUAAUCACGAGUACUAAAAUUCACCAUUUGUAUUUUGUGGGUCAUCUUCAACCUCAGAAAGACAAAUAUAACUUUUCAAUUUAUAAGUCAAUUUGUAGUCUUUAUUUUCUCUUGUCCAAAGAAAUUUGUUUUAAUUACUCUUUGCAGUUUGCACACACUAGUUGAACAAACUCCAACUCUUACCCACCCCUUUGAAAACCUUUUAAGUUUGUUUGUUUUUCUCUCUCUCUUUUGUUCUGUUCUUCUUGUUUCUUUAUCUCGUUUUCUUGCUUGCAUCCUCAAAAUGAUUCCUCCAUGUUUCUGCUACACAUCCCUUCACAAAAACUUCGUCACUUUCAUCUUCCACUUCAUACUUUUAACGCCUCAAACUCUCUCUCUUGAUCCAAAGUUCAAGGCUUGUGAGCCCAAAUCCUGUGGCAAAGGUCCCGAGAUCUCCUUUCCAUUCUAUUUAUCAGGCAGGCAAAAAUCUUUCUGCGGCUACCCAAGUUUCGACCUCACUUGUGAUGAUGAACAAAAGCUCCCUGUUCUCGGGAUCUCCGGUGAGGAUUACCUCAUCAACAACAUAUCUUACUUGACACAGUCGUUACAGGUCGUGAACGCAAGGGCGUCUCGUGAUCCAUGUCCGAGCCCUAUGCAUAAUCUUACCCUCCAUAGGACUCCUUUCUUAGUGAACCCUUCUUAUAUCAACUUCUCCAUGCUUUACAAUUGCUCUGACCAUCCGCCGGAUGAUAUUCCGACAUACCCUCUCGCUUGUUCUGGCAACACUAGUCUUCGAUCUUUUGGGGUCUUCCAAAGGGAGAUCAAGGGGAAAGAGAAAAAACUUCCGUCCGGGUCGUGCCAGAAACUAGUCCAUGUCCCUGUUUCAGCUAGUGGCUGGUCUGAUGUGAAGCUGUUUUUGGAUAUGACUUACGUCGACAUUUUGAAGAGGGGAUUUGUUCUGAAUUGGACUGCACAUAGUUGCUUCCUCUGCAAUAGCAGCGGCGGGAGAUGUGGAACUGAUGAUAAGGAAUUUGUUUGCUUGUGUCCUGAUGGACCUAAGAUCCAUGAUACUUGUAGCAGGAAUGAUCUACCUCCUGAUCCAAAUGUGAAACUGAAGGUCGGCAUAGGUGCUGCUGCAGGGGUGGUGGGGUUAACAGCAGCGAGCAUCUUUUGGUUUGUGUACCAUCGAAGAAAAACAAAAAGUUACAGAACUUCUUCAGCAUUGCUUCCAAGAAACCUCUCCUCAGAUCCAUCUUCAAAGUCUUCUGACGUUGAGAAAGCAGAGGAAUUGUUGGUCGGCGUUCGUCUCUUCUCUUACGAAGAGCUCGAAGAAGCCACUAAUAACUUCGACCCAUCUAAAGAACUCGGUGAUGGAGGCUUUGGUACUGUCUAUUACGGUAAACUUAAAGAUGGACGAAGCGUAGCUGUGAAACGUUUAUUCGACAACAACUUUAAAAGAGCAGAGCAAUUCAGAAACGAAGUUGAGAUCUUAACCGGUUUACGCCAUCCGAACCUCGUGACUCUCUUUGGAUGCUCCUCAAAACAGAGCCGGGACUUACUUCUGGUGUAUGAGUAUGUUGCAAAUGGCACUUUAGCUGAUCAUCUACAUGGUCCACAAGCUAACCCGAGCUCACUCCCUUGGUCUACUCGGCUUAAGAUCGCUGUUGAAACCGCCUCUGCCUUGAAGUAUCUCCACGCCUCCAAGAUCAUCCACCGUGAUGUUAAGUCCAAUAACAUCCUACUCGACCAAAACUUCAAUGUCAAGGUUGCUGAUUUUGGACUUUCAAGACUGUUUCCAAUGGAUAGAACGCACGUAUCAACCGCUCCGCAAGGAACUCCAGGAUACGUCGAUCCAGAUUACCACCUAUGCUAUCAACUCUCCAACAAAAGCGACGUGUACAGCUUCGCGGUAGUGCUAAUGGAGCUUAUCUCCUCGCUUCCAGCUGUCGACAUCACAAGACCGCGUCAAGAGAUCAACCUCUCGAACAUGGCAGUCGUUAAAAUCCAGAACCACAAGCUCCACGAGAUGGUGGAUCCUUCACUCGGGUUCGACACGGAUACAAGAGUGAGACAGACGGUGAUCGCCGUAGCUGAGCUGGCGUUCCAAUGCUUGCUGUCGGAUAAAGAUCUUAGACCAUGUAUGUCGCAUGUGCAGGAGACGCUGACGAGGAUACAGAACAAUGGGUUUGGUUCGGAAAUGGAUGUUGCAGAUGUGAAUAAGAGUGGACCUUUGGUUGCACAGUCUCCUGAUAGUGUAAUUGUGAAAUGGGACAGUAAGUAGAUUAGUCACGCGGACAGUAACAUUUUUUAUGUGUAUUAAUGUUUGAAAUUGUUAACUAACAGUUAGAGAUUGAUGUUUGUGUUUUAUAAUAGAUGAUGAUAGAUGAUGUUUUUGGGAAUGUAUGUAUAUAUGAUCUGAGACCUGAGUUUCAUAAA